AUGGACCUUCAUUUUGACUCGGACUUCUGGCUCCAGGCAGAGGAACUGCUCGCCAAAUCAAAUCUAUAUCCCGGGCGGUCGAUUAGCUUCAACAGCCCUGUUAUAGGAGUCCCCUUGGCGCUUUUCAGGGUAGUUUUGUCUUUGAAAAGACUAUAUCAGAACCCCUCGCAGUACGACAAGGACACCUUGGAGGGCCUAAGGAGCGAAGUGGAAGAAUGGGAAGGCGUCGUCCUUAGUGAGGGAGAGAUCGACUCCCCAGACGAGUAUCAGAACUGCAAUCCUCGAAUCUACAGAGACGCCGGUUACCUGUAUAUUUUGGUUUCAUCCUUGUUGAUGGACCAAAUAUCUGUUGGCGAUUGGAGCCCUGGUGCUCCACGCGUAGCGCCGCCUGACAGUUGGCAGCUUAUAAAGGCGAAGGAGAUCCUCCGGGCACGGCAAGACGAUCCUGAAUGGGCACGAUGCUUCAUAGGCAAUUGGCCAGUCUACUCGCUGGGAUUUUUUCUAGACGAGCCUGACAUCGAGCUCAUCCGAGCUGACUUGCAUUACAGAUGGCAGGCUGUUAAGUUCUCGCAGAUUUCCCGAUUUCGGGAUGAUCUUGAAGCUACCUGGGCUGCACGUGGAUGCAGUUGCAAUGCUCCGACCUGCCCCGAGGCCCUUACUGUUAUUUCAGCCCCUUCGUUGAGGAGAGCUUGGAUGGACCUUGAGGGUUGA